UUAAAUAUUUUUAUAGACUUUUUUUGACUAAAAAUUCUUUAAAAAUAAGAAAUUCUACAGUAUAAACAUGAUUAAUGCAACAAAUUGGAAAAAAAAUUUGUACGAAAAUUAUGGAUUGCCAGAUAAUUAUACAGAUGUUUCUUUUUUAGAAGAAUUACGUAAAAAUAUCAAACCUCAUUCAGUAACUGUAAAAGAAGCUAUUAAUCUUGGUGCAAGUAUUUCAAUACAAUUUAGUAUUGUUAUUCUGUUUGUUAUUGUAUUUAUUUGGCUAAAUAAUGACUGGGCAACACCAAAUACAAUUUUUAUUAUUAGUACCAUUUUAACAAUAAUUGGCUAUCUAAAGUAUAUUCUGAAAAGUUGUAAAAUGUUAGAACGAGUAUCAAAAGAUUUACGUACAGUAUUAAUUUUUUUAGCUUUCGGAUAUAUUUUAUCACCAGUAUUAAAAACAUUAACAGAAACUAUAAGUACAGAUACAAUUUAUGCAAUGACAAUUUUUAUGUUUUUAAUUCAUUUGAUUUUUAGUAAAUAUGGUUCAACUAAUGUUUCUCUUUCCGAGUCUUUAUCAAUAACAUCAUCUAUUUUUGGUUCAUUAAUGUUAACUUCACGAUUAUCUACACCAUCACAUGCUUUUUCUUUACUUACUGUAGCAGUUCAGUGUUUUGUUUUAUUGCCAUUUUUAUUAUCCAAACUUCAUAAUAAAAUUUUUAUAUCUAAUAUUUUGGCAUUUGGCACUUUAUAUUUGCUUUGCAAUAUAUCAGCAACAUUGUCAUAUGUUUUUGUUUCAAUGUUAAUUCUUGUACAUUUUAUUUGUCCACUUUGGUAUAUAAAGUGUCAAAGAUAUAAAGAAAAUAUAUAUGGUCCAUGGGAUGAAGCAGUGGUUGAUUAAAAUUAAAACUACAGUGAAAAGUACAUGAUAAAGUGCAUAUAAUUUACAUUUACUGUAUAUGCAAUUUAAGUUAUCAAAACAUUAUUCAUAUACUGUAAAUGCAAUCUAAGUCAACAAAAUAGAAGUAAUU